AUCAUCAUUAGGGGUCCUGUUUCUGUGCCCACCCACAAUAAGAUUUCAGGGAGGGACUUGGCCUUUCAACAUUUAACCAGUGAGCAGCCUGAUCCCGGUGAGACAGAGGGCUUUUCAAAACCUGGAAGUAACCCAAGCAGAGCUGCACCGAGCCAGGGAUCCCUCACAUUUUACCCCACUGACGAAAAUUAAAAUCUAACGAGCUUUUUAUAAUGGAUGUAUCGGCUUUUGGUGCGCUGUACGGAUCUUUUGAAGCGCUCUUUGCGGCCCAGUCAGCUGGAUCAGGUUUUUGAUAAAUGUGAAGGGGAAUAACUCCGAGGUGGUUGUAUCAGAGACUUUGCUGGUGUGGAUGGACAGGUCAGGAGUGCAUAUGCAACACUGUGGGAGCUCCGUUGGAUUUAUUUACCGCAUCCGUUUGGGAUUUAUCUGCCUCAAGAUUCUGUUUCUUGAUCGGGUAAAAUAAAACGAAGAAUGUAUGGAAUAAACCAGCGCUGCUUUUACAUAUCAUUUCAUUUUUUCGUGCUGUGGUGUCAUGCCCAGGGGGAGAAUCACCCGUCUCCUAAUUUUAACCAGUAUGUGAGGACACAGGGCGCAGUGACGGACCAGCUCAGCCGCAGACAGGUCAGGGUGUACCAGCUCUACAGCCGCACCAGCGGGAAACACGUCCAGAUCCAGGGCAAAAGGAUCACCGCCACAGCUGAGGACGGGAAUAUGUACGCUCGUCUUUUUGUUGAGACAGAUACCUUUGGCAGUCGAGUGAGGAUAAGAGGUGCGGAGAGUGGGCGCUACCUCUGCAUGAACUGGAAGGGGAAACUUGUUGGAAAGCCCAACGGCCGGAGCAGGGAUUGUAUCUUUACAGAGAUAGUGCUGGAGAACAAUUACACGGCCUUCCAGAAUGCCAAGUAUGAGGGCUGGUAUGUGGCUUUCACCAGGAAAGGGAGGCCCAUCAAAGCUUCGAGAACGAGGGAGAACCAGAGAGAGGUCCAUUUCAUCAAGAGGCUACACACGGGCCCACCUCCCUUCCCCAACACGGACCAAAGCAAACACUUUGAGUUCAUCCGAUUUCCACCCACACGUCGAGCGAAGCGGAACAGGAAAUCACCUACCUCUUCCUAACACACAGCAAAAGAAAUGGACAGAUGACAGUUGUGAUAUAGGAAGAAACAGAUGCAAUUUUAUUUUUGUAUAUUUUUGAUAGGUACAAGAUGGUUAAAAUAUGCCAUAUAUGAUGGAGUAAUACUGCUGUAAAAUGAUUGUGUAAAUACAGAAAGAGAGAGUAAAGAAGAUGGAUUAUAUUUAA